AUGCCUGUCAGUCUUCAUUCUCACUCUGGCCAGUUCUGCAAACAUGCCACCGGAACGCUCGAUUCGGUCAUCCGGACUGCUAUAGACCGAGGUUUUAUCAGUUAUGGCCUUUCCGAGCAUAUGCCGCGAGAUCGGGUUCAAGAUCUUUAUCCAGAGGAGAGUGAAAUACAGCCUUGCGAACUCAGCGAGCAGUUUGACCGUUUUAUAGCCGAAGCUGGUCGACUCAAACAACUUUAUUCUUCUAAGAUCGGUCUUCUGGUUGGAGUAGAGACCGAGCUGAUCGAACCGUCGAACACCUUCGAGCUACUCGACCGGACCCUCGCUCGGCAUCGUGAUAUCUUAGAUUAUCUAGUCGGGAGCGUCCACCACGUCAACCAAAUCCCAAUCGACUUCGAUCGGCCAACGUUCGAUCAAGCCGUGCUGUCUUUUGACUCAAAAAAUCACUCACUCGAGCCAGUCUAUCAGCUUUGCGAGGCCUAUUUCGAUUCCCAGUAUAUGCUGAUCAACAAAUAUCGACCUGAGGUCAUUGGGCACUUCGACCUUUGUUUGCUCUUCAACCCUGACCUCGACCUUCAAGCAGCACCCGCGGUAUGGACUAAGGCUGAAAGAAAUAUCAGACUCGCAAUCUCCUAUGGAGCUCUUUUUGAAGUCAACUCGGCGUCAAUCAGGAAGGGGUGGUCGACACCCUAUCCAAGUCCACCAAUCUUGCAAUUAAUCAUAGCAUUGGAUGGCAGAUUGACUUUAUCUGACGACUCUCAUGGAUCCGACCGGGUGGGAUUGAACUACGACAAGAGUUUCGACUACCUGAAAGCUCAUAAUGUUCCAACCCUGUGGUAUCUGAUUCCUGCAUCUGAGGACAACCCAAUCCUACAGCCAAGGGGAAAGGUUUCGGCGGUACGAAUCCCCGGACUCUGGUGGCAGCAUCCGUUUUGGUCCCAUGUAACGUCACCAAAUUAUGUAACCGCAACUUCCGCCAGUGAUCAUUUUGAAGGUCUCAGCCAACAUACAUCUUCUUCAUGCUCAUCGAUGCCAAUCGAACUCGCCAGUCUGAACUUUCAACCAAGCCAAGAUACCAACAAGAAUCCAAAGGGCGAAAGAUUCAAAUGGAGUCAGUUCCCGAUUGAUCGAUUCACAAAUCAAACCUGGUUUAUUGUUUCAAGUUCAUUACCAUUUUGGAAAAAUAAGAAAAAUGCAACAAUCAGUUAUUCCAAUCUGGAUAACGAAGCAUCAAGCGUGAUGUAUGAUUUGGUCGAGUAUCACGGAUCCCUGACAGAUAAACCUAGCUCGAAACGAAAGCAAAUCGAAGGAAUUGAUCGGCCGAAAAGCGACAACAAUGAGGAGGACCAAUUAGUAGAAUGGAGGUGGAGAGGGAAGGGACUGUUGAGAUUGCUAAGUAGUGACUGGCAGGUGAUUGGGUAUAAUCUGUCGGGCUCAGGGAACGGGUUUGAUGAUGGGAAAAACUCAGGACCAGAUUGGGUGAUCACAUUUUUCCGCCAGACUUUGCUCACACCUACUGGGAUCGAUAUUUAUUCGAGAAGCCCGUCCUCUUUACCAAACCAAUUGAAGGAACAACUGCUUCAAGCCAUUCGUGAUCACCCAUGCAAUGUCGUGUCGAGCUUAGUUGAUUCGAUGUUUGAUAUACCUCAUGACCUCCCUUGA